AUGAAAAUAGACGUAGAGGAAAGAAACAAAUUUGUUUGGGAGAAGAAGCUUUGUUAUGCGUGUUUGGAACCAAUUACCAGCAAUCACCAAGCAAGAAAUUGCGAAAACAAAUUGUCUUGCAAGACGUGCAAAAAGAGGCACCCAACCAUUUUGCAUGGUUUCAUCCGAACAAAGAGGAACAACAAGAACGACAAGGAAAAUAAUGAUAAAAAGGAAGAUGAGGAGCCUGAAAUCUCAAAUGCAUUUGCAAGAACGAAGAAAUCUGUUUGUUGCAAGACAGAUAACAACGUAGAAAUCAUCAGCAUGUCUGUAGUGCCUGUGGUGUUGUCGCAUCCAAAGUCUGCUGAGUCAAUCACCACCUAUGCUAUGUUGAAUAAUUGCAGUCAGGGUACGUUCAUAACCGAUGAAAUCGUUCAUCGCUUGAAUUUAACCGGUAUUUCGUCGACGAUCGUCGUGAAGACUCUCACAAGCGAGAGUCGUGAAGAUUCUUGUCUAAUAACCGGCUUGAUGGUAGAGUCCAUUACACGAGAUUUCAAAGUAACAAUACAGAGUUGUUACAGUAGAAGACAUCUUCCAAUAGAUCCCAUGGAAAUACCUACUCCCGAGAAAGUUCCUGAAUGGCCUCAUUUGCGACAUAUAAAGCAUUCCUUUCACAAAUACGAUCCAGGAAUACCGAUUGGUUUGCUUAUUGGAGCCAAUUGCCCACAAGCGCUAGAACCGAUAAAGGUAAUUCCAUCCGAUGGAAAUGGACCAUAUGGGUUAAAAACAAGGUUGGGAUGGAGUCUUGUCGGACCUGUGCUUCGUCGCAAAGGGGAGAAGCAGAAAAUUCGAUGCAACAGAAUUGCUGUGAAAGAUUUCUCCACUGACAAAGUUGCUGCACUUCACCUAAUUCAACAAGAUGAAUUACGGGAUGUAACAAUUGAGGGGAUGCUGAAAAGAAUGUACGAUGCUGAUUUUUCAGAAAUGAACGCAUUCAAGAAUAUUAAAAGUGAUUACGUAUCCAUUCACGACCAAAAAUUUUCAUCACUAAUGGAAAAGGAAGUAAAAUUUGUAAAUGGAAAAUAUCAACUCCCGCUGCCUUUAAUAAACCAACUUCCAUUUCCAAAUAAUAAAUGUCAGGCCUUGGCAAGGCUGAAAUGGAUCAAGAAGAAGCUUGAAAGUAAUUCGAUCUUCAAAGAGGAUUACCUCACGUUCAUGAACAACCUGACGACCCAAGGUUUCGCGGAGAUGGUUCCAGAGCAGGAAGUUGAAGGGGAACCUGGUCAUGUGUGGUAUAUUCCCCACCAUGGAGUUUAUCAUCCGCGUAAGCCUGGGAAGAUCAGAGUAGUAUUUGAUUGUACUGCUACAUACAAAGGCGUCUCCCUGAACGGACGACUCAUGCAAGGCCCAGAUAUGACAAAUCUGCUAGUUGGAAUUCUGUGUAGAUUCCGGUUGGAACCAGUAGCGUUUAUGGCGGAUAUCGAGUCCAUGUUCUAUCAGGUUAAGGUGCCGCCGAAUCAACGGGAUUAUUUGCGAUACCUUUGGUGGCCUGAUGGGGAUACCUCUAAAGAUUUGGUAGAUCAUCGCAUGACUGUCCAUAUAUUCGGUGGAAAUUCCUCCCCAAGUUGUUCCAACUGUGCCCUGAAAAGAAGUGGAACAGACAACGAAAGUGAAUUUGGUGAGGAGGCUGUGAAAGUUAUUAUGAAGGAUUUUUAUGUCGACGAUCUUUUGAAAUCCGUGAAAAGUAUCGAAGAGGCCAUCAAAAUCAUCAAAUCAACGAUACAAAUUUGCAACAAAGGUGGCUUUCGCCUCACAAAGUUCAUAUCAAAUAGCAGAGAGGUUAUCAAUUCCAUUCCUACUGAAGAACGCGCAAAGAACAUAAAGUCCCUGGACUUGAAAACGAAUCGCUGCCGAUCGAAAGGGCCCUCGGUGUUCAUUGGUCGAUAG